GCGCAUGCGCUCUGAGACCAUCCCAGAGAACUAAGAGUGCUGAAGUACCGUCAGAGGUAACGAAGAUUUUCUGCUCUUUCUUCUUAAAUUAACGGUCAGAGUUAAACUUUAACAUCUCAGACGGUUUAAUAACGGCUUUGACAUCCAUGACAGUUUAAUUAGUGACAUAAAUCCGCUCUUUUCCCGCUGCUGUCACAGGGACUCCUCAGUACAGGCUAGCAGUUAGCUCGGUUAGCUUAUCUAUUGAAAGUCAAUGGGGAGAAGAACAACUCUGUUUAACAAGGCAAGCUCAAUGAAUAAACUCUUGAUAACGUGUCGUCUGUGGAGGAGUGCAGAUGUAGGAAACGGUCGGGUACUUUUGGAGCUUCUUCCCCCUCCUCAUCUCAAUGAAUGAAGCUAACAGGAAUACAGUUAGCGUUAGCAAGUUUAGCCACUGUCAAAUGGCUCACGGGGGCGGGACUCUUUCGACCGACUGCAGCGCCGUCCAAUAAAAACCCCGAAUGGAAGCUCUCGGCUGCUUAACAGCCAAUCAGCUUCUUUGACGGGGAAAGCCGAACAGACAGAGCGAAGAAAUGUCAAAGAAUCAGUUUUAAUGAUGUUAAUUUUAUACGGUCAGUGAAGUUUUGAGGUUUUAAUGCUCCCGUUUGAUCUCCGGGACACUCGGCGUUAUAUUGAUGUUGUUUAAAUGUUGAAACAGACAUGAAUAAAGUACAGUUUGAAGUUCAGCUGCGGUUACCGUUAUCUCCGAGACGUAAGCGACGUCAGUUUUCUAUGUUGGCAUUACGUAACGGGCUGUCAAUCACAGGUGUCAUCAGGAUAAUAAUGUUUUAAACUUUUAUUUAAAAUAUUCUUAAUAAACCAUGAAAAUCUGGGAUAUUCAAGAGUUAGGGAGAUUUGAUAAACAGUCAAGAAUGUGGGGAAAAUAAUUCAGUGUUUUUAUCUGAAGUUUACAGACAUGUUUAGAUUUUUUAUUUCAUGCUUUGGUUUUGUUCAGGGUAACUUUAUUGAUCCCUGCAGGUCGAUUUGUUUUUCAGUCUGUAAAGAGGCGUUUGGAGCGUUCUGCACCAACAUUAAAAACACAGACACAUGCAGCAGACGGGUUAGAAACAGCACAGACACACAAAGACACAGACUGAUCCUGGUCAACAGACUAAAAUAAACAAAAGUGGUUGGAUAUCACUAAAAUACCAGUCUGACCCUGUUAAGAGCUAAAAACAUAAAAACAGGAUACAAAGACAGAAACUGCUCAGAAAUAAAAUAAUAAACAGAAUAAAUAAGUUUAGACCACGUUAGAAAAAGACAGACCUGACAAAUGAAAGUGGAGCGUGUCAAGACUGAUAACUCAGUAUUUAGACUUUUGUCACUUAAUAUCAUGAUCUGAACUAAUAAAUAAAAAUAAAAAAAACAACUAAAAAAUUAAAUUUUUUCUAUCUCAGAAUCCAGAUUAAGGCCCUCAGGUUAGACCUGAUCCAGAUUAAGGCCCUCAGGUUAGACCUGAUCCAGAUUAAGGCCCUCAGGUUAGACCUGAUCCAGUCUUUACAUCCACAUUUUCAUGCGUCACUAAAACAAGCGUUUAUUAUUUUAACGCUCUUCUUCUGAGGUCAUGGACAGUUAUUAAUUUUUUCAGUCAAAGUUUUCAGCUGAGGAACAAACGACUCACAGCCUGUUUGUCAGAAAGGUUCCUCAUCAGUGUGAAAUAAAGAAAAUACUUUACCUGAAAUAAACAGACAUGAAAAUCAAGACGAUCCCACUCACAGUUACUCUGUUAUAACAGAUGAAGACCCCCCCAGACAGAUCGGGAAUCACCUUCGAGGUCGGGGCUCAGCUCGAAGCCAGAGACCGCCACAAGAACUGGUAAACACACCACACACACAAAGACACACUCAAAGACACGCACGCAAAGACACACACCUAAAGACACACACAAAGACACACACAAAGACACGCAAAGACACACUCAAAAACAUACGCACAAAGACACACAUACACCCGCAAAGACACACACCUAAAGACACACAAACAAAGACACACACAAACACACGCAGUGAAAAAUCCACUGGAUCAGCCUCUCUUCACCUCACCUGAGGAAAUCUGUCAAACGCCUCAUCGCCUCUCAUCCCAUCAGGUACGCCGCCACCAUCGAGAAGAUCGACUACGACACCGAGCGAGUCCUGAUCCACUACCGUCAGUGGAGCCGGCGACACAACGAAUGGUUCCAGUGGACCUCGCCGUACCUGAGGCCGCUGGAGAGGGUCAGCCUGAGGAGACAGGGUCUGAACCCCCCGUGCUCACAGCCGGUGAGCGACGACACUGUAAUGAAGAUUCUGUUUCCUCUUCAGGUCUGAUGUUUGACCCGCGGUGCAGACGACCCUGUGGAUGAAGUUUGUUCUCCUAGAGUCGGUCUGUUCCUCCUCUUCUUCUUCUUCAUCAGAGUAAACGUUCUCCCUCUUCCUCCUCUCAGAGGUUCGUUUCAGGUACAAAGGUUCUGGCCUGUUGGACCGACUGUCGUUUCUACCCGGCCAAAAUCCUCCGAGUCAACAGGGACGGUGAGACUCCAUCAAACCUUUUCCACUGAAGUGACAGAUUCUGAUUCGUUAAGUCAGUAAAAGUUUCUGAAUCACAGUAAAAAAAUCAAACGGAGAGUAAAAAACUGAACAGGCCACAGCGAGACGUCUGAAGGUCGUGUGUGAGCCGAGAAGGUCAGUGAUGUUUGAGGGCUUUCCUAACAGCUGCUGAACCUGUUUGUUCCUGUCUCUCAGACUCCUACACGGUGCGUUUCUACGACGGCGUGGUGCGGACCGUGAAGCCCACGAAGGUCAAGCCUUUCCAGGAAGUAAGGAGAACUGGAUUCUUAUUUGUGGCCGUCUGAUUGGCUGAAGUAGUGACCACUCCCCCAUCCUAAAUCAUCGUUUGUUUGUUCUUCUGUGUGUGAGAAGAAGUCCAGAUCAGAGAGGUGUACAGUCGGGAGCGAGGGAUGGGAGGAAGGGGAGAGCGGCGAGGACGGGAAAGAGAGCGGCGAGGAUGAGAGGAAAAAAGAAACGAAAGAGGAAGAGAUGGAGGAGGAAGUGACAUCAGAGGAGAGGGCGGGAACUGCAGAGGAAGAGGAGGAGGAGAGGAAGAGGAAGGCCGAACCUUCAUCCUCACAUCCACCAACAAAGAAGAAAACCGAUGACAGUAGGUCACAUGAUCUCUGACUGCAAACCCGCUUGUAGACUUGUUGAAAUGCAUCAUGGGUAAACAACCAGCUGAUCUGUCGCUGUGUCUCUUUUCCGCCCUCAGGUGACAGCAGCGCAGCUCAGAACGAGCCAAUCCCAGCUGACUCCACCCAGCCGGCUCCCGAUAACCCCGCCUACAUCGACAAAGGUAAACGUCAGAAUCAGCGGCGGCGUUUCUGCGUGACUCUGACAUCUGAGGGGAAACGAAGAGGCGGUCUGAGCGUGGGCGGGGCUUCAGUUUUAGAUGUUUUUAUAUUUGAGCCGAAUCGACACGAAACUUCCUGAAUGUUUGAGGAUGUUUUGUUCGUCUGUCGUUUCAGACCUCCUGCUGGAGCGUCAGGCCCACCUGCCCACCACACACAAGUUCAGCAGAGAGCCGUGUAAGUACAAGUUCAAACAUUAAACUCCAUUUACUGACGAAAACCUCAGGAGUGUCUGAGCGCAGGGGGAGGAGCCUCUGAAGGAUCCAGGCUUACAUAGUCUGCUCCUGAAGUGAGAGGAUCUGGUCCAUGAAGGGUUCUCUGUUUGAGUCACUGUCAUGGUUUAAGACCGUGUUCCUGCCCUCACAGCUAUAGCAAUAACUAUUGACUGAUAUUUAAAGAUGUUUGUGUAAAAACUUCUUUAACAGAAAACUUCCACCUUUAAAAUCCUCAAAAGUAGGACCAAGAAGAAAUGGAAGCUCCAACACUCAGUUUUUCACAGUUUGUCCGGUUUUAGAGACGUCCCCCUCUCUUUACGUCGUGGCGUCCCCUCUCAGUGUACAGGGUCAUCAAGAACCAGCCCCCUCCCAUCCUCUCCAUCGAGCUCGACCACAACCCCUUCAAGUGUCCCGCAGCCGGCUGCUCCAAGUCCUUCAGGAAGGCCAGUCUGCUGCACUACCACAUCAAAUACUACCACUCUGACCAGCAGCUGGACAAGCAGGGCAGCGAGCGAGAGGCGCCGAGGUCAGGUCGAUGGUUCGAAUCCCAGUAUGAGAGCUCUGAGAGGGGGGAUCAGGAGGUACUGAUGUCUGUGUUUCUGCAGGAGGAAGAGGGCAUCAUCCAAGGGGGGCGAAUUUACGUCCGAGAGGAAGAGUGAGGACCAGGAUAACACCUGUCACCAUGGCGACAGGGAGCACGACACCUUGGUAACAGGUAGGACGGCUCUGUGGAAGCAGAGAAAGACCUGCUGAUGGCGUGUUUUCUUAAAAUCACUUAGUUUGUAAUAUGUGUGAGGUUAACCUGCCAAAGGUCUGAUUCUGUGAGCAGAAGUGAAGAGGGAAGGAGGGAGGGAGAAAACAGGGGAGCUGGACAGGAAAGAGAGGAAGAACUUCCUGAGAGUCAAACUGAAGAAGAAGAAAAAGAAGAAGAAGAAAAAGAGGACUCACUCAGGUGAGAGUCUGUCUGCAGUAAAACCUCUGAUGGUGUCUGAUGACCACAGGAAGGAUCUCAGAGAUACUAGAUCUUCUUUCUUAGAUUUCACUGAAACCAGCAGAAACGUUUGUCCGUUAGCAAAAACCUGAACCUCACAGAGCGUAGACAGACUCUGCUGUUUGAACAGGUCCUCCUUUAUGUCAGGAGUCCUUCAGCUCACCUUCAGAUCCUUGUUCAGCAGCUCCUUUAGGUUUCCUCUCUCUGUUUUAAUAUCAACGCUCUGAUUUCAUCGCCGUUUAUCUCACGUCUCUCUUCUCCUCAGGACUGGGCAGCAGCGACGACGAGGGGUCAGACAGACCGCCCCUCACUCUGAAACUGUCCACUGAGCUUCACAACAUACACUCUCAUGGUGGGAGCGCACACCUGUACACCUGCACACCUGAACACCUGCACACCUGAACACCUGCACACCUGAACACCUGCACACCUGUACAGCUGUACACCUGUACACCUGCACACCUGCACACCUGUACACCUGAACACCUGUACACCUGCACACCUGAACACCUGCACACCUGUACACCUGCACACCUGAACACCUGAACACCUGCACACCUGAACACCUGCACACCUGAACACCUGCACACCUGUACAGCUGUACACCUGUACACCUGCACACCUGCACACCUGCACACCUGCAGACCUGAACACCUGCACACCUGCACACCUGUAGACCUGCACACCUGCACACCUGUACACCUGUACACCUGUACACCUGCACACCUGAACACCUGCACACCUGAACACCUGAACACCUGCACACCUACACACCUGCACACCUGAACACCUGAACACCUGUACACCUGCACACCUGCACACCUGUACACCUGUACACCUGUACACCUGAACACCUGCACACCUGCACACGCUCAAAAUCACACAGUACAGCAGGGGUAGACGACCCUCUCACUCACGUUGACCCUCUUUUUCAGUCGACGACGGCAGCGAUUGGUCGACUCUGACAGCUGAGAGUGGAGAGGACACGCCCUCUUGGCCUGUUUCUAUGGAUACAGAGGAGUGUGAGGUGGUGAGGUGUGUGUGUGAGGUGGACGAGGAGAACGACUUCAUGAUCCAGGUGAGACUCAAACACACAGACACACACAGACACACACAGACUCACACAGACACACACAGACACACACAGACUCACACAGACACACACAGACUCACACACAGACUCACACACAUAGACACACACAGACUCACAGACUCACACACAGACUCACACACAGACACACACAGACACACACAGACUCACACACAGACUCACACACAUAGACACACACAGACUCACAGACUCACACACAGACUCACACAGACUCACACACAGACUCACACACAGACUCACACACAUAGACACACACAGACUCACAGACUCACACACAGACUCACACAGACUCACACACAGACUCACACAGACACACACAGACUCACACAGACACACACAGACUCACACAGACUCACACAGACUCACACACAGACUCCUGCCUGUAACAUCUGCUUUUAUUUUGAAUCUGACCAUAAAGUUGAUGUGUGUGUGUCUCUCUGUCUCUCUCUCUCUCUCCCCCCUCUCCCUCUCUCCCUCCCUCUCUCUCCCUCUCUCUCUCCCUCUCUCCCUCUCCCCCCCCUCUCUCCCUCUCUCUCUCUCUCUCCCUCUCUCUCCCUCUCCCUCCCUCUCCCCCCCCCCCCCCCCCCCCCCCCCCCUCCCCCCCCCCCCUCUCCCUCUCUCCCCCCUCUCUCUCCCCCCUCAGUGUGAGUCGUGUCUCUGCUGGCAGCACGGCACCUGUAUGGGUUUGUAUGAAGACAACGUCCCUCACAACUACAUCUGUUAUUACUGCAGACACAGCGCAGGUACGCUCUGAUCUCAGGAUUAAACUCCGCCCACCGUCCUCAGAUGAUGUCACUCAGACCUUUUUCUCCGCCUCUCCUGCUCAGGUUGGAGGCGGGCUCAGUGCUUCCUGUCCGAGCCUGAUUUGCUGAUAUCUGGUCACAUGUUCGGCCUGUCCUGCGUGAAGGAAAACUACUCUGAGAUCAACGCCUCAAAAAUCUCGCACACCAGACGCCUGCUGGCGCUGACACAUGGCCUCAAUCAGGUCCUCAGCGGGCUGCAGCUGAAGAUCAGCCUGUUACAGUGAGUUAGAGUAAUGGCGAGUUCUGGUGGGCGUGUCCGAGUCCCACAGAGACGCUCAGAGUGUUUCAUCUCUUUAUAGCUCCUCAGCGCAUCCUGACCUGCAGCUGUGGAGGUUACCAUGGAAACGGGAGGAGGGGCCCAGACUGGCAUCCAGCCCGCGAGGAGACACUCCCCUCUGUUACGUCACCAGCGAGCACUGCUACCAAAAGCCUGGAGCAUCAUGGGAAAAAGCAGAAGAGAAGCGGGAGCAGAAGGUAAAAACCUGAGAGGGUCAGAGCAGGUCCAGGUCCAGGUCCAGGUCUUCAUCCCUGAGGGGGUUCAGGACAAAGUUUUAUUCUCUGAACCUUUUCAGGAGACCAAAAUAAAUCUUGAAUAAACGUCUGUAGGCGUGGUCGACCAUCGGAGACGCAGCUGAAAAAACCUGAGCGUCAGAGCGGCGGUAAACGCCAGCUCUGUUGGCGAGCGCCGUCUGCAGCUGCCUGGACAGCGACCGUGUUGACAUGUCAGAGACUAAUCAGAGUUAUUUAUGUGACAUGAUAAAAGGAGAUAAAAAUGUUCAACUAAAACUCUGCUGUCUCCGCGUCUGUUUUCUCCACCGCUCCAACGAUGACCCGAUGGUUAUUCACGUUAGAUUCCUCGCUUGGUCACAUGUCCUCUCUGACUCCGCCCUUUCUUCUGUCGGCGUUUUCUUCCCACUCUUGGCGGUGGCGGUGUUCUUUCUUCUCCUCACUUUGUGGAGAUC